AACUAGCUGUCAACUGUCAAGCGACGAACAGACGAAAACGACCAAAUCUGUAGAUUCGCCAUCGGAACAAGGAACUAUUAACCGUGCGAUUCCAGGUUCCAUUCGAGGUUUCCAUCCGCAGCGAACGAAAAUGCUUUCCCGGGCGGUGCUUUUGUCAGCGGCCAAGAAGCCCGCGGCCCUAGUAUUGGCCCGUGGGGCUGCCAGCCAGGUGGCCAAUCGCCCACAACGACCGGAGCACGGCGGCAAGGUUCGUCUCGGAUUCGUGCCGGAGGAAUGGUUUACGUUCUUCUACAACAAAACCGGCGUCACCGGCCCGUACGUGUUCGGCGCCGGCCUGAUGACGUACCUGUGCUCGAAGGAAAUCUACAUCAUGGAGCACGAGUACUACAACGGUCUGUCGCUGGCCGUGAUGGUUGUGUUUGCCGUGAAAAAAUUUGGCCCCUCAUUGGCAGCCUACCUCGACAAGGAAGUCGACAAAGUUGAAGAUGAAUGGAAGGAAAGCCGUAUCAACAACAUCCAGCAGCUGACGCAGGCUAUCGAGGACGAGAAGAAAGAGCAGUGGCGUGCCGAUGGCCAAACCAUGUUGGUGCAGGCCAAGAAAGAAAACGUGGCGCUCCAGUUGGAGGCGGCAUACCGCGAGCGGGCCAUGAACGCGUACCUCGAGGUAAAGAAGCGGCUGGACUACCAGGUCGAGCGCCAGAAUGUCGAUCGUCGCAUCUCGCAAAAGCAUAUGGUUGAUUGGAUCGUCAAGAGUGUGGUCAAAUCGAUCACGCCCGACCAGGAGAAGGAAAACUUGAACAAGUGCAUUGCCGACCUCGGUGCGUUAGCCGCCAGAUCGAAGUAAGCGACGCCGUGGCAAAAGGGGAUUAGAAUGUUCGACGUUUAACAGCCAUUUUGGAUGUAGCUUCCGGCAGCGUGUAAUAAAUGAUAUCGGCAUACGCGUGUCGGCAUGUGUCA